AUGCGUCUAGAGAGUGAUUCGCAAUCUUUCGAUUUGAUCAGAGAGAUCCCUUUCGACGCAUACGUGAACUUUAACAGGCAUCUAUAUAUCCAACCCAUUCUUGAACUAUACAUUCAUACCUCUUACCCUUGCACUAAAGCGUUCCUGGGCAUCCAAAGGGUUUCUAUUGCUGUCGCUGAUGUCCUGUUUUCUGCCCAAGUCGACAUUUGCGAUAGGAGGCUAAAAAUGGCCUCUAACCCACUAGAAGUGCGCGUAAACAUUGCCUUAGAUGAAUUAAAUCGACGAACUGAAAGUAGUGGCUAUAUGAUGCUCAAUAAGAAAAUCGGCAUGGCGUUGGUGUCUUGGGUUGUUGCCUUCCUUCGGUGCAAAGGUACCAAAGAAUUUGCAGAGGUAGUCGCUAGGCGUGUACCUAGACCGGAGGCAAAAUUCAUUCCCUGUGUGCCAGGUCUUCUCUUCAACGCGGUUUACCCUUUUCCUUUAUUAUCAACUGUUACCAUUUUACAUGCUCAGUAUACACCAAAUAGCCAACCUUGCCCGUUGUUCUUGUUUAACAGCGUGCCUAGGCAGCUUAACACUUGGGAGGUUAUCAAUCCUCAGGCUGUUAGGUCUUCGGUCUUCUGUUAUCAACUUAGUGACCAUGCUCCUUCCCACAUCAGCCCCAUAGCUACUCUCCCAACCACCAAGAUUCUUCCGCCGCUAACUUGCCUACUCCUCUUCUAUGUCAAAUCCAAAUGGCAUAGCAAAGAAUUCUUUCUUAGUACGGGUGCUGAGAAUAAGACUCCGAGAGAUGGGCAGAGUAAUGGAGAAGACGGUGUUGUUGCAGUGGGAUCGCAUGCGAGGUAUGUAAAGGAAUUGCAUGCGAAGGGAAAGUUCGUAGCUGAGUCAGGGCCUAAUCUGGCAUUGUGUCCUUUGGAAGAUGUUUGCGAGAGCUUAAUUCAACAUUAG